AUGGCUUCUGUGCGUAAUGAAGCGCCCGCCGUCGUCGCCGCAAAAGUGCCAGUGCUCCACAUCAAGAACUUUGUCUGCUCGGCGAAUCUCGGCAUGCGAUUCGACUUGACCAAUUUGAUGGUCAAGUCGCUCCGACGGGCAGAAUUGGUGCCAAAGAAGAACUGCAUCUUGAUGAAACUGCAGAACCCCAAGGCCACGGCCAUGCUCUUUGCGAAUGGCAAAUUAGUCUGCACGGGCGCACAGACGGAAGAAACGAUCAAGAAUGUGGCUCGUAGAUUCACACAGGUGAUCCAGAAGAUGGACUUCCCAGGAGUCAAUCUCAUUGAUUUCAAGAUUCAAAACGUCGUGGGCACUUGUGACUUGGGCUUUCGAGUGCUGAUGGAAGCGCUUGCAUUUGCACACAGUGAUUGCUGCACGUACGAGCCGGAGCUCUACCCAGCACUAAUCUACCGCUUGGAAAAGCCUCGAGUAAAAAUCCUUGUGUUUGUGAGCGGCAAAGUAGUCUUUACAGACUCAAAGGAUCCACGAGAGCUAUGUACUGCCUGCGAAACCAUUUUUCCGAUACUUUGUCAAUUCAAAGACCUCAAGCCCAUCAACUUGAGCAACAACGAAAUACCGCCUGAGCGUCAUCAUUCGGCAACGGAAGCCAACGAUGAGUCACAUCUGGAAGAGUAG